AUGUCAAGCGAAGCCGAAUUGAAAGCACUUCUUGCUCAAGUAAUGAGUCGUUUAGAGACUGUCACCGCGCGUUUGGAGAAGAUCGAAGGAACUCAAGGGACAGCCAAUGCAGCUCCUUCUGCUGGUGCGUGUGAAGGUGAAUGCAAAGCACAAACAGCUUUCAUUGAACUUCGUGAUUUGUAUUUGACUCCAUUAGUUGAAAAGUCGAAUGCAUUUGACCCAAUUUUGGGACAAGCUCUUGCCGAUUACAUUGCUAUUGUUAAUGCUGUUGGUGACUUUGUUGGGAUGGCUGCCAAGUCGAAGAAACCGACACAAGAAGGACUUCAAAAGUUGAUUCAACCCAUUGGAGAUAAGAUGUCUGCCAUUGGAUCAUACAAGGACAAACAAUUCAAGUCCCCGUUCAUCAACAACUUCUCUGCUAUUGCUGAAGCGUCACAAGCUUUUGCUUGGAUCUGUGUCGACAAGACUCCAGCACCUUUUGUUAAUGAUGCCAUUCCAUCCGUCGAGUUCUAUACCAAUAAAAUCCUUGUUGCCACUAAAGGAAAGGAACAAGACAAAUUCGACUGGGCUAUUAACUUCGUGAAGUUCUUGAAGGAGAUGGUUGUCUAUAUUAAACAAUACCACACCACUGGCUUGACUUGGAACCCUAAUGGUGCCGAGGCUUCCGCCCCUACUGCAGCUCCAGUCCAAAAAGCACCAGCUCCAAAGAAAGAAGCACCAAAGGCUAAUCCCGCUGGAUUGUUUGCUGACUUGAAUAAGGGCACUGGUAUUUCAGGUGGAUUGAAACACGUCACCAACGAUAUGAAGACUAAGAACAUGAAACCAGAAGAUAAGAAACCAGUUGAGCCAAAAGCAGCACCAAAGACUGCUAAACCAGCUGCGGCUAAACAAGCUGUUCAGAAGCCCCCAAAGAUGGAAAAGGUUGGCAACAAAUGGGACAUCUCCUAUCAAAAUGGAAACAACGCGAUGGAAAUCGAAGGCGAUUUCAAGGACUCCAUUUAUAUCUUCAAAUGUGAAAAUUCGACGAUUAGAGUGAAGGGAAAAAUUAACUGCAUCUCCAUCGAUAACUGCAAGAAGGUCAACUUGAUCUGCGACACCGUCGUUUCUUAUAUCGAAUUGGUUAACUGCACUUCUAUCGAUAUGAGAAUCACCGACUUGACUCCUACUAUUAACAUCGAUAAGUCACAAAGCGUCGUCGUUCACUUGUCCGACAAAUGCCUUGAUGGAAAGUCAACCGUCAAUACAUCAAAGUGCGACGCUAUUUCAAUCGCUAUUCCAAACCCAGAAGAUAAGACUGACGAGGUCGAGUACCCAGUCCCAGAACAAAUGUUCACAACUGUCGAACACAACAAACUCUACCCACAAAUCUACUUCCACGACAAGUCAUCUUACUACUUCCCAAAGUAA